UACGUAAGCCUAGCAAGAUGGCGGCGCCCAGGGCGUUCCUGCACCUGGCGUCCUCAAUAUGGAAAUGGGGUCCCAGGGACAUCCGUGGCCUGAGCAGGACAGUGGCCCCAGAGGGCAGUCAGAGGAAGGGGAGGGCGCUGCUCCAGUUCCUGGCUGACCACUUCUAUGAUGUCGAGGCUCUGAGGGAGUAUCUGUUCCGAAAGCAGGUGUUGAAGGUGCACCAGAAAAAUCGAUCCUUCACCCACAUCAAGGAGCAAUACGGCCCGUACAUCGCAGGUGCCUAUUUCGUCCUGAAGCAGGGAGGCGCAGUCAAGUUUCAGGGCCAGGAGUGGAUGCAGUCAAAUGGGCGUGGCCGCUUCUCUCUUGACUUCUUCAAGUUCCAGGCAGUGCCUGUAGAGGCUGUCGAUGCCAGUGGCUGUGCCAUCAACUACCAAGGCCUGGACAACCUCUUGGCCCUGAAGGAACUCCAGUCCCUGUCUCUGCAGCGCUGUCCCCACGUGGAUGACUGGUGUCUCAGCCGCCUCCACCAGCUGGCUGGCUCACUGCAGGAGCUCUCGCUGGCCGGUUGCCCUCAAGUCUCUGAGCGGGGCCUCGCCUGCCUCCACCACCUCCAGAAGCUCCGCAGGCUGGACAUCUCAGACCUCCCUGCCGUGUCCAACCCGGGCCUCACUCGGAUCUUAGUGGAGGAGAUGCUGCCCAACUGCGAGGUUCUGGGGGCUGACUGGGCCCAGGGCCUGAAACUGGGGCCCGAGGAGCAAUCUUAGGACUCAGCCAGCCCCAUCCCUGCCCCCCCCCCCCAUCAAGCUGGAUCUCAGCUGGCCUCUGCUAGUGUCUGACAGUUCUCCAUACUUCUGGCUUUCAACUGGGUUCACUCCACGUGGGGGUCGGGGUGGGAUGAGGGGUGUGGCACUGGCAGGUCAGGGGGAAGGAGAGCAUGAGGUUGGGGGCCCCACCUCGGGGGCUCUGGCUAGCUGUGCCCUGGGUGGAAGGUCACCGCUCCUGUCACCCUGUCAGGCAGCCCUUCCUACACUCUCCUCUCCUUCCCACUUCCAGUCACCUCCUCCUCUCGCCUCUUCAGGCCUAGGGAGGUCAGGGCUUGGCUGUAAAUAGCCCGGGGAGCUGCACUCGCUCUGGUGGUUUCCCCACGCCUUGCCCGCUGCUAUGUCCAGAAACUCUUCUUUUGACUUUUGUCAACAGACUCCUCUCAAAUUAUCCUCAUUUGAGUGUGUAGCUGUUUCCUCCUGGGACCCUGACUGAUACGGGGGUGCUCCUGGCAUUUUACAGUACGGUUCUUCCCUGUGUGGGUCGACUCAGCUCCCGCGGGCUACAGCAUCCUGGCCCACACUCACUCAAUGCCGGUAGCACCCCAAGUCCCGUGGUGUUCCCACUUAUCGAUUUAUGGACUCUAUCAGCUCCAAAUUCAACUUUCUUGUUUGCUCUGUGAAAACUGACCUGGGCCUUGGAAAUAUUUUUGCUUCGCUGGCAUGAGAAGGUUGUCAGUAGAGGGCGCUCGAGAGACAGUACAGGAGGAAAGGCUUUUGCUUCCUGGUUCUGAUUAGGCGCGCUCGCUCAGGCUCCUGCAGUGUGUGUGUGGCUUCCCCAGCACCUGGCUCCUGAAGUGCCAGGUGGUCAGCAGCUUCCCCUGGCACUGCCCCCCAGGCAGUUUCACGGAGGAGUGCCUCCAGUGAGGUACCUCCCUGUGAAUGACUCCACCACACCCCAGGAGGUGGAUUUCCAGUAAAUUCCAAGGCACCUUACCAGUGAAUCCCUUGUUAUUUCAGUUUGCUGUUAAAGUUAAUAAUUCUUCAUAUUAAACUUUCCCUGCUCAAA